AUGGCGCUCUCCUCGCCACCGUCAUUGCUUGCUCUCUCGGUUAUCUCCAUCGUUGUCCUCAUCAUCUCGAUGGCCGAUCUGACCUCGUCCCAGAUCUCACCCUCGCCCUCGCCUGUCUCCGGGGGUCCCCUUCGAUCGCCUCCCGCACCCUCGCCGACGUCUCCCGUAUCGAAGACUCCAUCCCCGUCCCCGUCGCCGGGAACCCUUGGAUCCCCUCCAGCGCCACCGCCGGAGACGCUCUCUCCCGCACCGACCCCGUCCACGGCGCCUUCCCCCGCGCCGAGACCGGGAAGCGCGGAUGUCCGGGCAGAUGUGGACGAAGUCGGAGGAGGAGGAGGAGAGGGAGGCAUGAGCGGGGGUAAAAAGGCGGGGAUCGCGGCGGGGAUCAUACUGGGGGUGGCGGUGCUGGCCGUGGGGGCGGUGCUCUACAAGAAGCGGCGCGACAACAUCCAGCGGUCCAGGUACAGCUACGCCACCCGCAGGGAGAUGCUUUGA